AUGGGUUUAACAGUUGCGGUAGCUGGCGCGACAGGUCGCGUUGGAAGAACAAUCGUUGAACAGAUCCAACACGAAAAUAAAUUCCCAGUCAUUGGGUUGACUCGAAGCGAACACGUUGAAUCGGCACUCAGCGGCGUGCCGUAUGUGCAAGUAGACUAUGAUGACAUCCCGGCACUCGUGCAAAAGCUGGAGGAGAAUGAAGUACAGACCGUUAUUUGUACCAUCGGAAUGCUGGGAGACGACUGUUCUGAGUCCCAAAUCAACUUGAUCAAGGCUGCCGACCAAGCAAGCACAGUACAAAGAUUCAUCACCAGCGAGUUUGGCUAUAUGACGCGUGCUGAGAGGAAAAAUAUAGAUCCCGGGGUUGACUGGUUUAUAACAGCUGCGAAUCUUCUUAAGAAUAGCAGUUUGAAAUAUACUCGACCAGUUUGUGGUGCUUUCAUGGACUUUAUGGGAGCCCCACAAGCACGGUCAAAUAUCACCCCCAACACUAUCGCCGUUGACGUGUAUAAUCGCGAAGCAUGCAUUCCUGGCGAUGGGACAGCUAGGAUAACUCUGAUCUAUAGCUACGAUGCUGCGACCUUAAUUGCAAAAUUACUCGAGCUCGAUGAGUGGUCAGAGUUCAGCUUUUGCAAUGGAGAGGAUACUACUCUUGGGCAAGCUCUAAAGGAAGCAGAAGAAGUCUGUGGCGAGAAAUUUAAUGUCACCUGGUUGAAACCAGAGGAUGUUGCCAAUGGCGACGUUCCCACCAUGAAAAUUGUCGAAGGAAGUGGCAUCCAACCUGAAGAACAACACGCCUAUGCUGUUUUUGGCUACCAGCUAUAUCUCGCGGAAGGGUUUAAUUUACCCAUUGAAGGCCGACUAGGAGACAAAUUUCCGGGCUUCAAGCCAAGGACUGUUCGCGAGUUCUUAGAAAGUGUUUGGAGGCCGCGUGUUUGA